AGUUACUUUCUCUCGUUCUUAUUUUGGUGUUUAUGUUGUUGUUAAUAAUGUAUUGAAAUGAAUGCAGACAGACGUCUGAAACGAUGCCCGGAAUUAGUCAUAUGCUAAAAGGCAUACUCAGAUAUAAGAAAAUCGAUCAGGUGCAUUUGGUGGAACAGUUCAAGCAAGUCCGAGAGAACCCUGAGCCAUUGUCCGUGUUCUUCACGUGUAUCGACAGCAGAGUUCUUGCUUCGAGGUUCACAAACAGUCAGGUCGGAGAAACGUUUUUUGUGCGAAAUGCCGGCAAUAUCGUUCCUCAUGUUAAGAUAUCAUCAAAAGACAUUGGUGGUUCAACAGAGCCAGGAGCACUGGAGUUGGGCUGCGUUGUGAACAAUAUCAGACACGUGGUGGUCUGUGGUCACUCUGACUGUAAGGCGAUGAACAUGCUGUAUGGAAUUAAGCACGACAUGUGUAACCACGCCGCGUGUUCUCACUCCCCGCUCCGAGCUUGGCUUCAGAAACACGGAGCCCCCACAGUCAAGAAGUUCGCCAAACUGAGUCCAGAAAACAACUUCUCGGGACCUCUCAUAUUUCAGGGAGAAACGGAGGAGAACAGCUUUGCCGCUUACAUUGAUCCCGAAAAUAAUUUCUCAUUGCCAGAUAAACUGUCACAGGUGAAUUGUUUACAACAGUUGCAGAAUAUAGCCAGCUAUCCAUUUUUGAGAGAGAAACUGAUGAGAGAUGAAGUUCGACUGCAUGCCAUGUUUUUCGAUAUCUACACGGGCAAUGUCUACAUGUUCAGUCGAAAAGAGAAGCAGUUUAUAGAGAUUUGCAAAGAGAACUACAAUGCUCUGUUAAAAGAUGCAGACAGUCUGGAAGUAAAUGAGGAAUAAAAUGAAGAUUUUUAAUUUGUUUGGAAAUGAGAAUGGCUCAGAAUCAAGCUUGUGAAUCCAGGGUUCAUUACGGGUUAUGAUUUGUUUUAUUUAUCCACAUAGUUUAAGGUAUGCAGGGAAAUAUAACAAGUACAACAUACAGUAUGCCGUAACGAUUUUACGUGACCAAGAAAUGACGUAAUUUUGGGAGGCGACAUCAUAUCAUGAUGUGGCUUCCCCAGUCUUAACCAACAUCAUUUCAUUGUCUCCUCCUAGUUACGUUUGAAACGUUUUGACAUGGUCCUUGUUGGCCUAUUCAUAAAAAAAUAAUACUACGGAUAAUAAAGAAAUUAUUACACUCGCUGGUGAAUCGUACAGAUUUUCCAAAACUUGUGUCAGGAUUAAUGUAAUACACUCGGUCUCGCUCAGAAUCCAGACACUCGUUUUGUAAAUGAGUAUGACAGAAGCUUGUAUCUCUGUAACAUUUUUUCCACUGUGUCGAACAUCUCUUCAUCCAGUUACGUUAUUAAAUUGUCCUUCUUUCUCCUUCGUUUCUAUGGUUCAGAUGUCUUUUCUUUGCUCUGUAUAAUCCAAUGCAUCCUGUAUUUGUGGGGUGAAAUGGGGGAAUUAUAUGUGGUGAGAGAUCACAUGUGGUAUUAAUGAACAGAAAAAAAUGCUCAAAAUUUUAUUUUAUUUUAAAACAUUGAAUUUCAAAGGCUGAAAAUGUUCUGGGUCUAUCUGAAUAUAUUAGGGGUGCUAAAUCUACGCAUAUGUGAUAUUCUUCAUGUACUACAUGUCCUAUUAAGAAGGAAGGGAUUGGUUUCUUUAACGACGCACUCAACACAUUUUAUUUACAGUUAUAUGGUGUUGGACAUAUGGUUAAGGAACACACAUAUUGAGGGAGGAAACCUGCUGUCGCCACUUCAUGGGCCACUCUUU